AAUCUAGCAAAUAUUUAGAAUGGCCGGAUUGUCUGGACCCAGUCUAGCGGAUGUGCUGGAUGGGAAGGCGGAAGCCCACAUCACUCAAAAAGAUCAAGAACAAAAGGGUGUCGAGCCGAUGGUGGAUGGAAUACCGAUAUCCAAGGCCUUCAGACACAGAGAGAAGAUGCUGCUUCAGGCUGUGGUAGAAAAAUAUGGAAAGGAUCUUGGACCUAACGUAUCUGCUGCUAGCUUGGUAAAAGAGUUCCUAGGGGAAGGUCCGGAGGAUAAAAUAGGGAAAAAUGUUGGAGACUUUGACGCGAGAGGAGCUCUAGAUAUAGAUAUAACUACUGAUGUAGAGAUGAAUGCUGAAUGUGAGGAGGAUGGCGCAUCGGGUAACUCUGAACUAGCAGAGUUCUCUGAGAGAGUUAAAUAUAUUCCUCUUCGUCUCACCUUGUCAGAACGGAAACUGCUCAGGUUGAGUGAGGCUACCCUGAAUGUGAGCGAGUAUACGGAUAAGGUGGAUAUCCUCUCCUGGAAAUCAAAGACUGGGCGGAUACAUGAACAGCUCAGGGAUAUUUGCGCCAUUCUCUCAGGAUUAGCGGUUGCAGCCGAUUAUGAGACAGGACAGAAAAUGAUAAAAGACAGAAGUUUUGAGGAAAAUGCUGAAUAUUUCUCUACAGUAUUUGAGAUUGGUCGGAGACACAAAAUCCUUAAUCCGGAGUGUAUGAGAACAGACUAUGGGAAGCUGGUUCAUAUGUUGAUGGACAGUCAGAAUCCUGAUAUACAGAGACUUCUAGAGUUUAAGUUUGUAAAGAAGGUUCUGACUGUGAAUGAUUUUCUCCGAGAACGAGACUGUUUAAACCUUCUCAAACAUCCAGAUAUAAUCACAGCAACAACAGCUAUAAUAGACAGAGGUCGAACCAGAUCUGAGGUCCAGCACGCUAUCCGACUAAAAGAAGCAGCAGUGAAACGAUUAAUCAACAAGUUCUCUAGUGAUACAAUGUCAGAAGAUGAGAUCGAGUGGUGUCUUUACUCAAUAGGUGACAAUGCAUCCUUCCUGUUAUUCAACAGAGAUCCAGUUGAUCAUAUGAUCGAGUAUCUUACUGUUAACUUCCCUGAAAACCUUCCAAAUGAUUGUCGGAGAUCUCUUGCGAUCCGGGCAGGAUCUAAAGGUGCUCGAUUGUCUCAUGGUCAUAGUCAGCAGUUUCAGUAUGCUCUACAGUCUUUAACUUUGUGGAGAGAAAUACAAACUGAUAUGUUUAAACUCUGGUGUCUUGCUGAAGAGGAUCUGCUAGACCCUGGAAACUACUACAGUCUACGGGAUACCGGACAAGGAUUAAACAGGGUACAGUCUGCGCCUAGGAUUGGCAGGGCUAUGCAUGAAAUUCUGCAUAGGUCCCAGCGUAAGGUUGGAAGCUGGAUUGGAUCUAGUGUUGUUCAUCUUGGUGAUCAUAAUGUUCCUAAUGCGCUCACAUUCAUUGAUAAAUACACUCAGGUUCCCCGAAUUCUUAAUCCUAUUGUCAACGUUAUAGAAUCGAUCCCAAGAUUAGCUGAUGAGAAUAGCGACGUAUCUGAAAUGAUAGAGAAAGUUUACGGUUCAGUAAAAGACUGCCAACUGGAUAUUCUCCAGGAUUUCUAUAAGCAUGCCUUUGAUGGAUCUGGUGCAGACAAUUUCUACGAUGCAGGGUCCUGUAUUGACGGUAGACUUACUAGCGCCUGGAAUUGGUGUAACAAAUUGGACAAAAAGAGCUACUACCCCAUCUUCCGUCUGGCCGGCUUUACAGGGUUCGAUGGUUCUUUCAAGAAUUAAACCAAAAUCAGAAAUACUCCUCCAGACAACUUCUGGCAUGUUUUUCAGCUGAACAGACCUAAUUUUGGCAUCCAUCCCUCUGAACAGACCUAAUUCUGGCAUCCAUCCCUCUGAACAGACCUAAUUCUGGCAUUCAUCCCUCUGAACAGACCUAAUUCUGGCAUCCAUCCCUCUGACUCAUCACAUUAUUUAACUUGUUAUAAACAAUAACGCCAAAUAUUUGCUC